AUUGAUGUUGGUUUCUUUCAGGCUGAGAACUUUAACAAAAUCUUGAAAUCUUACAGUGAUUCUGAUGUAGAGUUUGAACAACAAAAUAGGUAUUUAUCAUCUUUUGGAUUGCAACGGAAUGCAAUUGUAGGUGAUGGUAAUUGCCUUUUCCGCUCCAUCAGUUUUUCCUUGUAUGGUAAUCAAGAUAACCAUCUCCAACUCAGAAAUCUUGCAGUGGACACGCUUAGAGGUAAUAUGGUUCUUUUUCAAAACUAUUUUCUUCAGGAUCCAGGUACCCCGGAAGAGCAAAUCAAUAAUUUAGGUCGACCCAACAGUUACGCUGGACAGGAAUGCAUAUUAGCUUUAUCAAUGGCAUUAGAUAUUAAUAUUCUUGUUACUCUUGGUGGUGAUGUACAGAAUAACCCAGUCUCAACUUAUGAAAAUACUUUUUCACAAGGUCAACCCCAACAAACUAUUCAUAUUGCAUGGAGAAGGGCAGGGGGAGGUCAUUAUGAAGCUGUUACAGAAAUAGAUACUGAAAAUCAAGAAGUAGAAAGGUCAGAUCCCAUUGUCAUAGGUCAAGAUCACAUUAAUACAAGGCCAUGGCUCACUGAAUUCUCGAAACCUGUCAAUAUGGAGGAUUUCAAAAUUAGGCCCCCUCAGUCUCUAAUAUCUACACUUCAUUCUUAUGUAAAAUCUGAGGAGACAAGUCCAAAUGAUGAUCUUCAGACACAGAAAAAAACUGGUGCAAAAAUAUGUCCAAAAUGUAAAGUUUCAUUUAAAAAAUUAAGCAAUUUAAAAAGUCAUAUCAAGAAAUUCCAUUCAUCUUCUGUUCCAUCUCUUUCAGAAAAUACCAAACGUAAACUGCAGCCCUGCAUGAUAUCAUCUUGUGCAAUGAAGUUUCUAACCAUCGAUCAACUUUUGGAGCAUGCUAUUAAUGCACAUGAUGCAGACAUAAAAGUUGAACAUCUUACCUUUGAAAGUUUAGCUCUCUUUUCAGAUUUUCGUUCUAAAGAAGAAAUGUCAUCUAAUACAAGGUUUGUGAGGAGAUCAAGGCCACAAGUAAAUAAGAAAGGAGGAAAAACCUACUCCCUAGUGUGUCAUCGGAAUGGGCCAGUUUCACAACACAGAGCAAAAGGCGUUCAACCCAAGACUUCCAGAAAGAAUAAAAAAGGGCAUUGUCAGAUCAAUAAUUUAUGCCCUGCACGUAUGUCUGUUUGUGAGAUGAAAGAUGGUAAAGUUAUGGUAAAGUAUGUAAAGUCUCACACUCAUUCACUGUCAUUCGAGCAAACGAAAUAUUUACCGAUUCCGGAUAGUUUAAAGUCAGAAAUUCUAAAUAUGCUUUCCCUCAAAAUUCCUAUCAACUGUAUAAUAGACAAAGUACGUGAACAUUUUAGUGGUAGAGGCAACAGAGAUAAUUUAGAUGAUCUAAAAUAUUACCAUCUUAUUGACCGAAAGAAAAUUCAUAGUUUGAAAACAAAACUUGCUGAUCCAACAAUUAUACAAGAUAGUAAUGAUGCUAUUUCAACUUCUUUAAAGGUGGAAGCCCUGCGACAAGAGUCUUUUAAUCCAGUCCUGAUCUUUAAACAACAGGGAAUUGAAGAUCCUUCCAAGAGGCUGAACAAAGAGGACUUUAUUUUAGCUAUAAUGACCAAAGAACAACUGAAUAUGUACAAAUCAUUUGCAAGUAGAAUUUUAUGUAUGGAUUCAACCCAUAAAACUAAUAGUUACUCUUUUAAGCUUAUAACUCUGAUGGUACCUGAUGAAUUUCGUAAAGGUUAUCCAGUUGCAUUUUGCAUUUCAAAUAGAGAGGAUGAAACAACAAUGUCUCUCUUUCUGUCUUCAGUUAAAAACCUAUCCCCUGAAACCAAAGUCAAGGUUAUAAUGACUGAUGAUGACAAUGCAGGAUGGAAUGCUGCAAAGUCAGUCUAUGGGUCUGAUUUGCAACAUUUUCUAUGUACAUGGCAUAUUCAAAGGUCAUGGAUUAAAAAUAUCCAUAAUCAUUUUAGAAAUGAUGUUCAUAAAACAGAGGUGUAUUGUUACCUAUGUGCUUUAUUACAGGCAAAGUCAGAAAAUGACUUUAUUAAAUACAAAGAUGCAUUGGUUUCCAAACUAAACAACUUGAAUCCCAGUUUCUUAAAUUAUUUAAAUGAUCAUUACUUUAAUCGCCCUGAAAAAUGGUCAUUGUGCUUUAGGAAAGGAACUGAGUAUGGCAAUGUCAAUACCAAUAUGUUUGUAGAAAGUUUUCAUAACCAGCUUAAAACUAUUUAUUUCUCAGGAAAGCGUAACAGAAGAAUAGAUGUGUUAUUGGACACUUUGUUAAAGAUAGAAAAUGAUCACUUCAUUAGACAUUUACAACGUGUCUCAUAUAAUAAUCCUUCAGAUGAAGAUAUACGUAUUACAGAUAGGCAUCGUAAAAGUUUAGAAAUAGAUAAUACAAAGGUCAAACAAAUUUCAAGCUCUGUGUUUUCAUUGGAAUCGGGUCCUGAAAACUACAUCAUAGAGGCCAUACUGAGUGAUUGUUCUCAAGAACACUGCUACACUAAGUGUAAAAAUUUGCCUUGUAUAAAUCUAUGUUAUCAUAUGUAUAAAUGUAGCUGUGCUGAUUACCACAAUGGUCACAUUUGUAAACAUAUUCACAAGAUUCACUCUCUCUCCAGGAGCAGAGUAACUCAAGAGGAUGAUUGUCUUGAAAAUGACCUACAGCUGUCAUAUCCAGAGCCUGCAAAUUCAACUGCUGAACCAAAAAGAAAGUCAUCAAGUAUCCAACUCCAACGUAUAGAGGGUCUUCUCAAUGAGCUGGGCGAUCAAGUUAAACAUCCGCAAGUUAAGAAAUAUAGAUUAUCAACAAUAAUUAAAUCUUUAGAAAGUUUAAUUUCAGGGAAUAAAGCUUGCAUGAGCUUCCAGGAUGACAUACCAGCAGGAGAACUUGCAGCAACUGAAAGAAUUGCUGGGAAUGCAAACAACAUUCUGCAACCCAGAUUUCAUGCUACUCAGAAGAAGAAAGGCAGACCGAGAAAAGCUCCCCUUAAGAAACCAACAGAGGAUGACAUGAAAAGACUUUUACAAGAUCAAGAGCAACCAGGGCGGUCAACAGAGGAAUCAACUGCAACCACGACAACAGAUACAUCCCAUGGAUCUGUUGCACCUUAUCCACCACUGCGUUUGGUUCCUCCCCCAGAAAGACCAAUACAGCUCUCAAACAAUGAGGAACAAAACUUGUUUUCUGUUGGUGAGGGAGGCCUGGGACAACCAUCUUGGAUGAGGAUUCCACCAUCAAUGCUGGGCAGAAGGAUUACUGUCAUCCAAAACGGAAAGCCUCAGCAAAUUAUCUUUACUGCAAGUGGUGACCAUGGAGAUUCUGACCAUGAAUAAGAGUAGAUUUAUGUAGCUAUGACAUCAUGUCAGUCCAGUAGUAGGCUGGCAAUGGCAGACAGGCUUAUGCCUUAGCCAGUGUCAAUAGCUACACCAUUUCUACUUGGGCAUCAAGAUUCAGGAUUUGAAGACAACCCUUACAACCAACAGAUGAAUCCCUACAGCUCAUGCGGUUUACCAAGGGUAGAGUUUUAUGUUGCUUUGGAUAUCAUGUCAGUCCAGUAGUAGGCUGGCAAUGGCAGACAGGCUUAUGCCUUAGCCAGUGUCCAUAGCUUCAUACUCUUUAUCCCAGAAGAUAUAUAUCCAACCACUCCAGAGGAUGCAUAA